AUGCUUCACGAACUAAUCUUUUGUCUGCAUGGGUUUCCAGGAGACAUUUGUACUCACCUUUCAGUAGAUGAUCCUUCCCAAGCUCCGGAGUAUCGACUAAAACUACUUUCAGAGAGACUUCCCUUUAUUGCCCCAGGCGAGAUUGGACUAAUUAAACAAAUGCAUCAAAUCGGUGAAAGUUACUUGCGGCUUCAAAAAUUCAUUUGCGAUUUUUAUGUUCCCGGUUCGGGAAGCCUUUAUUUAACCGCACUGGCUUGUGGACUAGACGAAGUUUUGGAGGAGUAUCGCGCGGCAAUCGCCUCGAUAGAGGCAGAACUUUUGAAAGCCCCUUACCUUGGGAUAACCUACAUUUUCUCCAAAGUGGAACCCUUUCGUGCAGUUCUCAACUCUCUCACCCACCUUCUCGAUCUCUGUGUAAAGAACCACCAGAAUCACUCUUGCAUAAUUAACUCUGUACUGCUCAUGAACAAAUCUCCUGCAGUCACUUCAAUAUUUAAACACCUACUGCAACUUUUUCGUCAUCAGUUGUCAAGUUGGCUCCUUUAUGGUGCAAUCAACGACCCCUAUGAAGAGUUUUGUGUAUCCUGUGAAUGUGAACUGGUUCCAAAUAAGUUUCCCAAUAUCAUAUCUCCCACCCUCGCCAACGAUAUUCUUUAUGCCGGAAAAGCCGUUCGUUCAGGUGGCACUGAGCUUACAGAUCAUUUGGAAGAGGCAUUCUCCCAACGAUUUGCGGAACUGGAAAACACGGAAUUAAUAGAAGGUGUGGAUGAAGGGCUAGAACGCUUAAUCCGUGACAUUUGGCUUUACGUUUCGGGGGAGGUGUGGCGCCGAAUGUUUGAAGAAUUCGGAUUGGUGCAUCACCUGAAUCUGGUCAGGGACGUGAUGUUACUUGGACGCGGUGAGCUCUACGUCGCAUUUUUGGACAACUUGUUGGCUGAGGGUGACGGUACGGGGAGGAGCAUACUGGAUCGUCCCAUUCCUGCUACCGUUGCGGAGGCGAAAAACCUUUCCUACGUAGUUGGUGCUGCAUUUCUGGCUGCCGCCAGGUCGGUUGGCAUGGAGGAUGAAGAACUAGUCUCAUGCUUCAGAUUCGUGGUGUCUACAAAUCCCCAUGAGGUGGCUCUCUUGUCAAAAGACCUUGGGGACGAUGAAGUGGAAGCCAUUGGCUAUCAUCCCACAGCGUGGGACUGCCUUCGCCUGGAGUUCGCCCCAAUCCCAGCCGGCUUGGAGACCGUCUUCACGGAAUCCGCACUGACUUCUUACACCCGUCUCUUCCACCUCCUUCUAACUGUGCGUCGGACCGAACACGCACUCAAUACCGCCUGGCGCGGAGCCAAAAGAAGCAUCGACCGACGCAUCCACCUCCUCCAUCAUCAGAUGAACUUUAUCGUUAGCCACCUCAACUGCUACCUCCAAAUUGACGUGAUUGGGUCGGCCUUUGAACGACUUUUGAAGGCUUUCAGCACUCGUCCAGGAGAUCAGAACCUCGGCUGCGUAGAGGCUCUUCACGAAGCCUUUCUGGCGAAUGUGGAGUCUCAGACACUGUUGCAUCAUCCGCGGCUUCGCUCAAUCCUCUUGCGACUGCUCCACGUUUGCUGUCAACGCCAAGACAACUAUUCGCUGACGACGGCGGCAGCUUUUGAGCACCUGGCUGCCACCCUCUUUUCCACCCUCACUGCUGCCUCACAGACGAGUUCUAUCACAAGAAUGAGUGGCGGUAGUGGUGCUGGCCAUAUCUCCCAACUCGUCUUACGAUUGGACUAUAACCACUUUUUCACCAAGUCUCAGGCCCACGAGUGA